AUGGUCCCGGAGGAAGAAGGCACCCGGGCAGGGCCCCCGGAGCGGGUACGUAUCUGGGUGGAGGAGCAGUCGUUCUGGGUGGAGAAGAGCUUGCUGGUGGAGAGCAGCGAGUACUUCCGUGCCCUCUUCCGCUCGGGCAUGAGGGAGAGCACACAGCAGGAGAUGGGGCUGGGGGAGCUGAGUGCAGCUGGGUUCCUCGCCAUGCUGCAGGUUCUGGCAGGAGAGAGGCCUGUCCUAGACAGUGAGGAGACCUUCCAGGCGGUCGAGUGUGCUGCCUUCCUGCAGGUGAAGCCCUUGUCCAAGUACUUGAUCAACUCCAUCAACUCUGACAACUGCAUCCUGCUCUACCAAGCUGCUGCCAUAUUUGGUCUCCUGGACCUCUUCCACUCCGCUGCACUCUACAUCAGAGACAGCUAUGCUGAGCUGCAGGAGGACUUGGACUGCCUCUCCGAUGACCUGCUGGCCUAUGUGGAGACCCUCCUGCCCAGCACCUUUGUGGCAGUAGGAGCCCACACACCCACCUUUGAGUUCCUGGAGGACCUUUCCAGGACCAUCUGCUACCUGGAUGAGGACACCAAUACAUGGAGGACCCUCUCCUGCCUGCCACUGAGUGCCAGCACGUUCCUAGCCGGCAUGGCAACCAUGGAUAAUAAGAUCUACAUUGUAGGUGGCGUCUACGGGGCCAGCAAGCAGGUUGUGGAGAGCAGCUUCUGCUACGAUGCCAACACCAACACCUGGAGCGAGUUCCCCAGCCCUCACCAGCUGCGCUACGAUGUCAGGCUGGUGGGCCACGAGGGCUACCUCUAUGCUAUCGGUGGGGAGUACGAGAAGAUCUCGCUGAAGUCCGUGGAGAGGUACGACGUGGCCUCCAACACCUGGAUGUUUGUCUCUGACCUGCCGCAGCCAAGCACGGCAGCACCAUGUGCCCAAGCCAUGGGGCAGAUCUUCGUUUGCUUGUGGAAGCCACUAGACACCACUGUCAUCUACGAGUAUGAAACCCAGCAAGACGAGUGGCUGCCCGUCACCGAGCUCAAGCGGCACCAGAGCUACGGGCACUGCAUGGUGGCUCACCGAGACAAGCUUUACGUCAUGCGCAACGGCCCCUCGGACGACUUCCUGCGCUGCGCCAUCGACUGCUUCAGCCUGACGGCGCGGCAGUGGACGGCCCUGCCGGGGCAGUUCCUGAACAGCAAAGGAGCCCUCUUCACCGCUGUCAUCAAGGGUGACACCGUCUACACCGUCAACAAGAUGCUGACGCUCCUCUACUCCGUGGAGGAGGAGACAUGGAGGUUCAAGAAGGAGCAGGCAGGCUUCCCACGCAGUGGCUCACUGCAGACCUUCCUCCUGCGGCUGCCGAGGCGUGACCAUGACAUCGCCACGUAGGGGUCCUCCUGUCCCACCUUGGGAUGUUCUCCUUGCACGUGGCCUCAGCUCUGCAUUUGCUGCUCCCCUGAGCUCCUCUCCUCCUCUAUGGAGCCAUGCUCAGGUCCAGGGAUGUAACAUGUUGGACUUUGGAGAUGACAUUAGACCCUGGCAGAGGGAAAGGGGCUGCAGGCAGCUGGUGCCUGCUUCUGUCUGCCCUUCAUGGGCUGUGUGCAAAGUCCUGCCAGAUGUGUACUCAUGAGCCAGACACGUGCAAGGCUUGGUGCCUUCUGCAGACGUCAGACACCAGAGAGACACGAGCAUGGGUUUUAUUCUGACUGCACUCCGGAGGUGUGCAGCA